GGUCCGCCAUUAUAACAACUUCAUUGUAAAAUCAGCUGUAAAUUUUCAUGAAAUGUGAAUACUGUUUGAAUUAUUUUGUUAUAUAUACGCAUUUAAAGGCAUCUGGAGAUUGUAUCAAGCGGAUAGGAGUUUACAAGCUCAACAUUCGCUACGACAGGUGGCAAUGGAUGGCUCUGAGCAGCCUUCGAGCCUGCAGUCUCUCUGUCACGUCAGAGCUUGUGAGCUUUUUCCCAAGUCCUCUCCAGAAAUUGAGGACGAGAAACUGACUGUUCCGUACGAACCCAUCUGUGGUGAAUCAGUUGAAUAUAUUGGACGGACGACUGAGGGUGUAUUAGCUCUCUCCAACUACCGAAUAUAUCUACAGCUUAAAGACACCUCCUAUAACAUUCCACUUGGACUCAUUGAACUCCUCGAAGUGAGAGACAUAUUUUUCCUACAUAUAGCGUGCAAAGAUGCACGUUCAGUAAGGUGCACUUUUUCUACUAACGAACACUGUCUGGAAUGGUACCGACGUCUACACAGAUUGACGUCCCCACCGAAGAACAUAGAACAGUUCUUCGCCUUUGCGUUCUACGCCUGGGCUCACGAGGCCGGAGGGGAGGAAACGAGCUCACGCCUCGGCGGGCCGUCUCCGUCGCAGAGCUGCACCUUUCGUGCUGAAGUAGAAAGGCUACAGUUUGAUGUGCACGGCGCAUGGCGUAUCUCCCAAGCGAAUGCAGAUCAUUCUCUGUGUCCGUCAUAUCCUCGACAACUGCUCGUGCCUGCGUGCAUAUCUGACGAUACGCUAGAAGGUGCUGCACGGUUUCGCAGUGCGAGGCGUGUCCCGGCAGUCGUCUGGAGGCAUACUGGAAACGGAGCUGUCAUUGCUCGUUGCAGUCAACCUGAGGUCGGGUGGUUAGGGUGGCGUUCAGCUGAAGAUGAAGACUUGAUAAAGGCUAUCGCAGAUGCGUGUGCCUACGAUCGUGGCCGACAAACGAUGCUAGACUUGGGUGGCACGUCGACACCUACAGAAAAUGGCUCGGCAUGUGUUCCUAAUGACUGUGAUGGUAGCAGUAACCACGUGGAAAGCAGCAGUCCUAAUGAACCUGGAAAGAAGGUACUGAUAAUGGAUGCACGAUCUUACACCACAGCUGUGGCUAACAGGGCUCGUGGUGGUGGCUGUGAAUGCCCAGAGUACUAUCCGAGUUGUGACAUCCAGUUCAUGAAUCUCGCCAACAUUCACUCCAUUCGCAAGAGCUUCCACGCUGUCAGAAAUCUUUGUGCUACUGCAGCUGAUCAACCUAAUUGGUACAGCCUCCUAGAAGGCACACGCUGGCUGCAGCACAUGUCGGGCCUCCUGCGCGCUGCGGUGACCGUGGCGUCGGCCGUGCACGUGGACGGGCGGCCCGUGCUGGUGCACUGCUCCGACGGGUGGGACCGCACGCCGCAGAUAGUCGCACUCGCGGAGCUGCUGCUCGACCCCCAUUACCGCACCCUGGAUGGUUUUCAAGUUCUGUGUGAACGAGAGUGGCUAGAUUUCGGGCACAAGUUUGCAGACAGAUGUGGCCACACCGUUGGAGUCGACGACCAGAAUGAGCGGUGUCCUGUUUUCUUGCAGUGGCUCGACUGUGUACACCAAAUACUGCUGCAAAAUCCUUGCAAUUUCCAGUUUUCUCAUUCAUACUUGGUGAAACUGGCUCAGCAUACAUACUCAAAUCUGUUUGGGACCUUCCUCUGCAAUACAGCUCAGGAACGGGAAAAAGCAAAUGUACACGGCAGAACUUUCUCAGUUUGGAAAUUUUUAAAAUCUCCAAACUUUAGAAACCAUCUGUACACGAGAAAAGAUGAGCCACUGUGGCCAUCUUUCAGUGUGCGGGACCUAGUUUUGUGGAGUGAGGUGUAUCUUGGUACAUCAGAGUCCACAGCCACACCUCAUGCAGGAUCUGAAGCUACCUCAACAAGUGUACCACUUUCUGGGGGAAUGAUUGUGGGAGCAGACGUAACGAGCCAAGUUGACAGUGGACAUUCAUCGGGAGCCAACUCGGGAGUGCCUACUUCUCCUCUUCCAAAAACACGUUCUUAUGGGGACUUGAUGGUAGCUGCAGACCACCGUUCCCAGAGACGUUCCAGUGACCCCAGUAUUGCUGUUGAUCUCUUGAAACUGGAAGGACUGAAUGAUGCGGUAACUGCAGAAGAAGUCUCGGCUGCUGCCGUGUCAAAAACUGACAACAGACAGAAGCAGAUAAUUAUGCACGACUUGUGCCUGGGAGAUGAAGACUCUUCGGACAGCACUUCAGACCCGGGUUUCAUCGAUGCACCACGUGCAGCUUUUGACGACGAGGAUGAUGAAAAUGAAGAAUCUACUACAGAGUCCAGAUCUGAGGCAACGCAGCUUUGCGCGACAACCAUACCAGAACCAUCGCAGGAGUCAGCAUGCGAGUCAGCAGACGCAUUGAACGUUGCACUUCCAUCUGAAGCUGCAGGCAGUACUGCUGUAGCAGUUGCAGAGAGCUCUACAGAGACACUUGUUGCUGAAGCUCUGGUGCCCACCCCCUGCAGUUCGGGCUCAUCAACACCACCCCACCUGUCUGCUGACGUUUGCCAGUCGUGCCGAGCCAGAACGGGUGCCAGCGGUAGUGGCAAGACGUCUCGUUAUUCCACACCUCCGCCAUGUUCAUCUCUCUCGAGAACGCCUAGCUCGGGAUAUCCAGCUACGCCAGUGGACGAGUGCAGGCCGGCUCAGAGCAAUACUGGAACAGGAAUAUCCGGGUCUGCAUCGGGACCGGGUUGCAGACUGGACGAUGUGGACGGGCUCGCCCAUGUCCGCAACGAAGUGCAGACGCGAUUACAGCAGAUCAUAGCUGACCACAAGGCAAAGGAAGAAUCACUACAAAGGGAACUGCACACAACUAGGUUAGCAUUAAUGCAGCAAGUCUGUCAUCAAUGCAACCAGACCAAUAUAGAGAGGCCGGAUGAUGUAGGCUCCUUGCCAGAGUCGGUAUGCAGUGGAGAACAGCCAUCAGCAGGGGAGUCCCUGCCUUCUGACGUCUCGUGGGAGAACCUGGAGGAGCGCGAUGCCGGGCCCACCCUGUGGGUCCCCGACCACGCUGUCAAUCGGUGCAUGGGGUGCGACACAGAAUUCUGGCUCGGCCGUCGCAAACAUCACUGCAGGAACUGCGGGAAGAUAUUUUGCUACGACUGCUCAGAAUUUGUGAUGCCUCUGCCAAAUGAACAAUUAUAUGACCCCGUGCGAGUUUGCACGGGCUGCUUUGCACGUCUGCAAGAAACCACAGUGCCACAGCCAUCUUCGCGAACUGCCUUGCCGCAAGUCUCUCUGGCCAGGCCACAGCAGGGUAUUUCUCUGGGCAGCGAGAGCGGGGCGUACCCGCUGCGACCGGGGCCACCUGCAGAGAACUGCAAGCAGGCCACGGCUUCGGAUCACGUUGCCAAGUGCUCCAAGUCGGCUGUGACGGCGGCGUCCACGUAGGCGCACUGUUUCCUUUUUAAUUUUUCCUCCAUUGUGACCCAGGCUCACUGUGCACAAACUAGGCAAAAGAAACUUCUGUGCAAUAACACAUGCCUGUGUUUCUGUAAAAGUUUUCCCCUUUGCUGUACAUUCAGUUUUUGAUACUGAUCUUGCAGCUGUGUGAUGUGGCAGGGGCAAAAUUUACACAUUUGUACAGAGUAUAUAGUUCCUGAAAGUCUCUUUCUGUGCCACAUUAGCACAUUAUGCCAGUACUGCUGAAUUACAUAUAUUUUCUCAUCUCUAGUAAUGUAUUUUUCAUUUAAGUAACAUGACAUUUUAUAUUUAAAGGUCGUACCAUUUUCGAUAUUACUUCGGGAAAGCCCUUUCUGUACAGAAGUAAAUAUUAAAUGAAUAGCAUUUCCGACAGUCCGAAAUGAAAGUAUUCUAUUAAAUGGGUGCUAAAGAUGGGAAUGUUUGUCAUGAUUCAAAUGUAAAAAAAUUGUGUACACAAAGUAUUUUUAUCACACAAUUGUUUUCUAUACUGCAGCAUUUUGUUCCAUUGGAGAGGUACUAUAGUUGCAGUUAUUUCUGUGUGUAGUUUCAGAAACAGACAAAGGAUCAGAAAACUUUUUUGUCUUAUUUAUAACAUUAAUUUUGUUGUUUCAGUUCCUGUGGAAAUUAUAUUUGGUGUGUUAGCUGUAAAAGCAUUUAGUUGACACAGAAUAUAAUGCCGUUGUUAUAUGUGUACAUUGUGCAGUGUGCCCUUUCACAUUUAGUGGUGCAGGCACUUUUUAUUCUGAAGCUUUCCCAAGUGUGAUAAAAUAAACAGCCUCUUGUAGAAAAGAUUUUAUAAACAUGCAAGAAUUCUUUGUAGUAAUUUUAUAUUUUUAGGUAGCAGUAUUUGCUGUGAUUAGAUAAUAUUGCAUGCCUCUAAUAUGAAUAUUUACACGCUGAUCUGAUUGAAAAUGACAGAUUGUUAAUUGUAAACUUUAUAUGCCCGUGAGUUUACUGUGUAAAACCUUCAUCACUAAGAUCUAGCUGGUCUUUGGUAACAUUCUUCGUUAAAUGUGCUACGGCAGAUGCAUUCUGAAGAAAAUACUGAUGCAUCUGUCAUAGUAAUGUGCCUCGUGUCUCGCAAAUUUUUCAGAGUUGAGGUCUAAUGGUUGCUGUGGUAAUGUAUGUGAUAAUAAAUUGAAGUUUAAGGAGUGUGUAAUUCAUAUUACAGUAGGCUGUUUCUGGAGGGGGGGUGGGGCGAGCAAUAAAUAUUCAGUAAUAUGGUUCUAUUUUAAAUACAGUAAGUGGUAUAUCAGUAUUUUUCUACUUUUAUUUCAUAUAUAAAUGUAAAUUGUCCAAGUCUUAUCAUUAGCAAAGUGGAAUGCAGUUAUUUCGCCUGCAGGAGUUUUAUGAUGAGCUUACCAAACAGUAUUUCAAAUUAAAGACCCUCCAUUUUAAAAUGUAUUUAUUCUUACCAAAGAUGCAGCAACCAGUCACAAAAUCAUGUUUUAUUUAUUCACUUUUGCAAAUCGAUUUCAACUGAUUAACAGCCACCAUCGGUGCUUUCAACCAAUAUGUGCCCUGAGUAGUAAUACUGUCUUAAGCACAGGUAUUACUACUCAGGGCACAUAUUGGUUGAAAGCACCGAUGAUGGCUGUUAAUCAGUUGAAAUCUAUUUGCAGAAGAGAAUAAAUAAAACAUGAUUUUGUGACUGGUUGCUGCAUCUUUGGUAAUUUUAUGGUUUAUGGUCGCUGCAUGACUUGCGAACCACAUGGAGCCCACCAUUCAUUUAUUUAUUCAUUUGUUUCAUUUUUGGAAAUGUCUGUAUUGGUGUGCUACAGAAUCUGUCUCCUUAAUGUCGAAGUAUUUUAAUGCAAAACAUUAUUCUUUUAAUUCACCAUUCAUUUGUUAUCCAUUAAUUUUGAAUAAGAAAUAGUUGUCAUGGAACAGUUGCUCCCAGUGUUCAAAAUCUUUUAGAAAGUGUUAUAAAACUUUUUUUAGAUUUAUUCAUUGCUGUGUUCUUCCCAAAUACCAAAAUGUUUGGUGGUUUUGUGAUAUUACUUAUGGUAAUUAGUCGUAAGUGUAAGUUAAAGGAAACCUCUUUAUCAGUGUUAUUUAGCUGUUGGACCUCUUCAUUAGCAUUAUAAGCCCUCAUUGUGCAGAGCUGUAUUACAAAAAAAUCUAAGGCUGUAAUUUAAUAUUUACCCUCAUAUAAUAAUAUAAGAGGAUGCUUUACUGUGUAACAGCUGCCUUUUCCCCUCUCUGAUGAUGACUGAAUAAUGAUACAAAAUGUAAUUAUUCUGUCAUGUAAAUUUCUGUGAAUGGGCUUCAAUUAAGAAAUGUGAUGGAAUUUAAUGUGAUAAACUGAACAGCUUUGUUCUUGCUGGACUGAGCACGAAAGCGGCUGUCAAUAUGUAAAAGACUGUCAUUGUACAUUACUCUGUACAUAAGCGGAAAGGACGUAGCAGUGCUGCAUCAAUAAUGUAGACAUACUGAAAAUGAAUGUGAUGUGGCUCAGGUAUGAGUUUGUGACUUAUUAUUAGUGUAAAUAAAUUUAUUGUACUAGAGAAA